UGUCAUAAAUACUGAGCGCAUUCUCCACCUGUUUCUUUCCUGGUAAUUAAAUCCCGGGACCCGGCUGGAAGACGAAAGCGGGAGAUGUCUCUGCGAUGUGGGGUAGUCGUCCGCACCGUGAGACCCCAGGUAUUUGGAAAAUAUUUAUGCAGUCCAGUCAGAGCAGUAAGUUCCUUGCCAGAUAAAAAAAAGGAAUUUUUACAAAAUGGACCAGACCUUCAAGAUUUUGUGUCUGGUGAUCUUGCAGACAAGAGCACCUGGGAUGAAUAUAAAGGAAACUUAAAGCGCCAGAAAGGAGAAAGGUUAAGACUACCUCCAUGGCUAAAGACAGAGAUUCCCAUGGGGAAAAAUUACAAUAAACUGAAAAAUACUUUGCGGAAUUUAAAUCUCCAUACAGUGUGUGAGGAAGCUCGAUGCCCCAAUAUUGGAGAGUGUUGGGGAGGUGGAGAAUAUGCUACUGCUACAGCCACAAUCAUGUUGAUGGGUGACACAUGUACAAGAGGUUGCAGAUUUUGUUCUGUUAAGACUGCAAGAAAGCCACCUCCACUAGAUGCCAAUGAGCCCUACAAUACUGCAAAGGCAAUAGCAGAGUGGGGUCUGGAUUAUGUUGUCCUGACAUCUGUGGAUCGAGAUGAUUUGCCUGAUGGAGGAGCUGAGCACUUUGCAAAGACUGUAUCAUACUUAAAGGAAAGGAACCCAAAAAUUCUUGUGGAAUGUCUCACUCCCGAUUUCCGAGGAGAUCUUAAAGCAAUAGAAAAAGUCGCUCUGUCAGGAUUAGAUGUAUAUGCACAUAAUGUAGAAACAGUUCCAGAAUUACAGAGGAAAGUCCGUGAUCCCAGGGCCAAUUUCGACCAGUCUCUGCGGGUCCUGAAGCACGCCAAGGAGGUUCAGCCUGAUGUCAUUUCUAAAACAUCUAUCAUGUUGGGUUUAGGCGAAGAUGAUGAGCAAGUAUAUGCAACAAUGAAAGCACUUCGUGAGGCAGAUGUGGACUGUUUGACGUUAGGACAGUAUAUGCAGCCAACAAAGCGCCACCUCAAGGUUGAAGAAUACAUUACUCCUGAAAAGUUCAAAUACUGGGAAAAAGUAGGAAAUGACCUUGGAUUUCAUUAUACGGCAAGUGGCCCUCUGGUGCGUUCUUCAUAUAAAGCAGGUGAAUUUUUCCUGAAAAAUUUAGUGGCUAAAAGAAAAACAAAAACCCUGUAACACUUAACAAGACAUUCAAGAUCACAGGAAUUUUUAGAAUUGGAUUCCAUUUGCCAGCAGAGGUGGUGGCAGAAUGCCUGUGCUUCAUUGGAUGAACCCUAAUUUUUUGUUUUAAGAAAAAUGUUAAUAAGCUGUGCAUAUUUAAUUAUAGCAACUUAUUUGCCUUUUA